CACCGCUGUGCUGCACAGUGAAAGCGUCAGUCGCAGGUUCACCGACUGAUGAUGGACACAGUGAAUUGGAUUUUACAUGUUUAUUAUUAUAGAGAUAUUUGUAAAAAUAGGCCAACUAUCGAUGCUGGUCAUACACUAAGAAUAUUAACCCCCGAGUGGGUUUUGAAUAGUAUUAGCUUGCGUGAUUGUAUAGCAAGCUAUCAACCGGAUACAUAAUCUAGCUAGCCAUGGUUCUAAUGAUGGAAUCGCAAUGCGAGUAUUUUAUGUAUUUCCCUGCGGUUCCCAUCACGGACCUGUCGGACCCGUCAAAAUACCGAACUCUCCCCCGGCGCAGUCACCUCUACCUCGGCGAAACGGUACAGUUCUUGCUAGUCCUGCGGUCCAGAGAUGGAGCGUCGGGCUCGAGCGGGACAAAGGGAAGCGGGUCAGGUGACAGCGGUACCCGGGCUUGGAAGGAGCUGGUACGGUCCCUCUCCGCUGUAGCAAGUGUCUGCCCCGGAGAGAGCCGACAUCGCUCCCAACUUCACCCCCACGAGUUCCAGAGAAGCUACAGCGACGACUGUGUAGACGAGGAUCCAGACGACGUUGACUUUGCAGCGGGAACAGUCCACACAGCCAGAAGGGAGUCAAGGAACCGAGGUUUCAGAGAAUGCAAGCCGCUUCUCAUACACAAUAAUACGGGGCGUGAUGGACGGCAGUAUCGGCGCGCACCGGUUCAGUCACCGAUGGACGAGCCAGUGGUAUUGAACGAGGAGGUCAUAUUCCCUCUGACCGUCUCAUUGGACAAACUCCCCGUCAACACACUCAAGGUCAAGAUCAUAGUGACCGUGUGGAAGCAGGAGGAGGAAAAGGCAGAGAUCAGGGAACAUGGUUACCUCACCAUCCUACAGCUGAGGAGCCCCACACACACCUUCAGACAAGACCUUAAUACCUUCAAAGCCCAGGUCAGCACCACGUUGAGUGUUCUUCCUCCACCAACUGUGAAAUGUCAACAGAUGACUGUCUCCGGGAAGCACCUGACCAUCCUCAAAGUAUUAAACUCCAGUUCUCAGGAGGAGGUCUGUGUGAGGGACGUGAGAAUCAUUCCUAACUUCAACGUGUCCUACCUCCCCAUGAUGCCUGAUGGCUCUGUGCUUCUGGUGGACAAUGUCUGCCACCAAUCGGCAGAGGUUGGAAUGGCGUCGUUCCACAGGAUGAACAGUAGCUCCUCUCACCUUCCCAGCAUGCUCUCUGCCCUGGAGGAGCAGAACUUCCUGUUUCAGCUGCAGCUCAGGGACCAGCCGGAGGAAGAGAGCAACGAGGGUCUGGAGGUUCCUUUGGUAGCUGUGCUGCAGUGGUCCACCCCUAAACUUCCCUUUACCAGGUACAUCUCGACCCACUACCAGCUGCCCAGCGUGAGAAUGGACCAACCCCGGCUGGUUAUGACAGCUUCCUGUCCCAGUGCUGUGCAGCCUCAGGAGCACUUCCGGGUAAAAUACACCCUACUAAACAACCUGCAAGACUUCCUGGCUGUAAGACUGGUCUGGACACCCGAAGGUCGUGGUUGUCAGGAGGACCCCUCUGUCAGUUCUGUGGUAUGUCAUUCCCCCCUUAACAACCUGGGCCAGUGUCGAAAAGGAUCCACCCUCUCCUUUACUGUCGGCUUCCAGAUACUCAAGGCAGGACUCUUCGAGUUAAGCCAGCACAUGAAGCUGAAGCUUCAGUUCACAGCGUCCUGUUCCAACCCCCCUGCUGAGGCCAGGCCCAUGUCUCUGUCCCUGUCCAGGAAGAACUCUCCCUCCAGCCCUGCUGUUAGAGACCUGCUGGACAGACAGAGUCUGGGAAGAUCACAGUCCUUCUCUCACCAACAACCAUCACGGUCGCAUCUUAUGAGGACGGGCAGUGUGAUGGAGCGCAGGGCCAUCACCCCUCCAGUGGGAUCCCCAGUGGGUCGACCCCUCUACCUCCCCCCCGAUCGGCCGGUACUCUCACUGGACAAGAUCGCCAAGAGAGAGUGUAAGGUACUGGUGCUGGAACCUGGAAGAGACUGAGAGACAAGGCGAGAGACAGGGAGAGGUGAAGGAAGAGAGGGGAGUGCUGGUGCUUGAGCCAGGUAGAAACAAUGAGACUGUGAAGAUGGGAGGGAGUGAAGGAAGGGAGGAAGAAGGGAGACAUAGAUAGAAAAAGGGAGAGAGAGAGAGACAUCUCUCAUGCUGAACAUUUCCUACAUCCUACAAGGCACGCAUGAACAAUGAUUUACCACACAGACAGAUAGACUAUCUGACACACACUGAAUGAUUGACUGGACGUGAGCCACAUCAUUUGAAGACACUGGAGAAGUUACUUUCAACAACAUAAUUUCACAUUUUUAUCUCAACAACAUUUGAUGUUUUUAUAUCACUGUAAUGUCAACAUUCCAUUUCAUUCCUUGUUUUAUUCCUUGUGUAAUGCUGUAAUUUAAUGUGUAAAUAAUUGUUAAGGUUUUAAACAGGGUGAGCAUUUUGAGAAUUUUUUCACUGUAGAUUACUGUGUUUACCGUACAGGGUUAUGGUAAUAGCCAAUACCUUGUAAAUACAUAUUGUUAUACACUGGUAUACAUUUUACACAGUAUAUGUAAUGUAAUACUUGGAUGUUAGAAUCUUUUUUUUUUGUGAAAAACUGGAUUUUGUUACUGAAAAACUGGAUUUUAUUAGUGAAAGACUGAAUUUUGUUAGUUUACACACUGUUAGAUACACUUAUCUAACGUGAUGGAUGUCAAACUUGUGAUUAAAAAAAGUAGCAGGAGACCACAGGGUUGAGUUCUGUUGCAUUGUGGAAUAACUCUAGCCUGGUCUCAGAUCUGUUUGUGCUGUCUUCACAACUCCUAUGGUCAUUGUCACGAUAGGAAUUGGCAAGACAGCACAGACAGAUCUGGGACCAGGCUAGAUCUGUUUCACCCGUGGAUAGUGUCAUCGAGUUCACUCUUAUUAGAAUGUGUUGUAUUUCAGUGGCUUGGAGCCACACAGUCUCGGCACUGUAUUUAGUAGUUAAACAAGUAGUCUACCAGAGAUGUUUUUAGUUUAUGCUAAAUAUAUUUAUUGUCCGAUUUGUAUAAUUUAGAUUUUCUUUUAUCAGCAUUUACUUCUGCUUAAAAGUCUUAAAAGUGCUUAUACUCCUUAGUACACUCCAGAGUACACAUAUUGUACAUAGAAGGACACACUCCGUAACACAAACUUCAUAGUCCACACUCCAUGAUAGGGAACAAAUUAUUUCCCUUUCCCUUGUUAUACUGCUGUUCGCCCUGUUCCCUAUAAAGUGCACUACUUAUGGACCCUGGUCAAAAGUAGUGGACUAGAUAGGGAAUAGGGUGCAUUUGGGACACAAUCCUUACACUGUUGUUCACAGCUGUUAAAACUUUGAUUACAGUGGUUGAUCCUGUUGAUUGUUGUUGUUAUGCCAUUCAUUCACACUUUACCUUAUUAUUAGGGAUUUAGUCCUGGGUAACAAUCCAGAAUAGUGGAUUAUUUAGAAAUCGUAACGUCCGUUACUAUAGCUACGUUUACAUUUGUGUUGAGAACAUUGAACAAUGGUGUGUGUGUGCGCAGGUGUGUGUGCAUGUGUAUGUGCGUGCCGCUUUAAGCAUUUGUUGUAUGUUUUUUGUAUGUUUGUCUAAAAUAUUAUUUUAUUUCCUGGUUCAAUUGCCAAUGGAAAUGACCAAUGGGUCUUUAUCCCUGAUGUAAAUUACAAUGUGAGGUUGGGGACAUUUCAAUCAGAUUUUUUUUUACUGUGUGUCAAAAGCCCCGUUUAUACCUGGUUCUAGCAUGCAUCCUUUGUCCUGAUCUUUUCCACAUUUUGAUUGUGCCCACAUUUUUAGACAGGUGUUGACAAUCAAAAGACACAUUGUGAUGUGAUUUUGAUCAGAUCAUUCUGCCCACCUCCGGAGGUAGUCAGGCACGCAUUGUGUCUUUGUAUCUUACAAGUGUAGACGGAUCUGGACAGAGAAACCAUUUUAGUACAUUAUUCCACCCAUUAAAAUCAUUGACAGGUGGCACCAUUGACUGAUUACAUCAAUAUGUGUCUUACAAUACAUAAAUAAAUCUUAUUUUGAAAGAGUAGUGAAAUAAUUAGCAUAAAGGAAGGGAUCAGGAAAUCUGGUCACAAUGCAGACACAUUGGAUGGAUAAAAGACACGUUUUAAUACCAUGUGUAGACACAUUUUUGGAAAUGUGGGCACAUACAGAAUGUAGACAAGAUCAGGACAAAGGACCCAUGUUAACGCCAGGUAUAAACCGGGCGUAUUAUGCCUUAUUUUCCCUGGACACAAAGUAUUCUGUGUGUUCUGUUCUGUGUUUAAUUUAGACGUUUUUAUCUCUAUAUCUUUACGUGAAGACAAGAAAUAGACGUACCCAAUACUGUGUGUACAGAGGAUGUGUGUUAUUUAGUUUCUUAUGUUUAAUUUUGUUUAGAUGUUUUAUUUCCUGGAAUUUAACUGAAAAACAAAACCAUUCCAACUCAAUUUUCAUUGUUCCCGAACACUUGAUGAACAAAAGUUUGGUCACAAACAUUUCCAUUCCUUUCCUCUUGUGAUUUUAAAACAAUGUAUUAUAUUACUACUUGGACCAAUGUAGCUCACAAUAUGAUUGUUUAUGUAUAUUAGUGACUUAUUUUUAACAGUCAUUGUUGUUAAGCACUUGAAUUGAUUUGACUUGUAUUGUUCUUGGUUCUUUGGACACACAAACAACAAAUGCAGUUGAUUGUGUCACAGAUGUACUGUGGCACGUUGUUUGCUAGCAGUCUCACUGGCCUUAGUUUAGGUCUUGCUUGUUUUUAGAUGCAUUGAAUGCAAACGUCUGUCAGGGAAAAGUGUUGGGGUAAAAAAAAAAUGUUUUGGGUCACUCCUCGUUUGUUGCACUCUUGAAGUGUGAAUAAAUACAGUUGGAGCGA